CUCGCUCAUCUCAUUACUGUCUACAACCCCCACCACAGGAUCCACUUCAAUUGUUUACAAGCCAGCCAACAGAAAGCGAAAUACCGGCUGAGUAGGAUGAACUCAUUCCAUCAAGGACUCAUCUUGCCAUGGCUGGCAGGGAUCUCAAGCGUGCUGUUCGCUGUCCUCUUUGUUAGUUUUCUAUAUCUAUUCCCCCUCCCCGCUCAUGCUACUAAAGCACCCAGCAGCCCAUCACCUCAGCAUAUCUACCAAAUACAACGUCCUCUGGACAGGGACCACCCUCUGGUGAUCCAACAGCGGAUAAAGGGCAUCCUCUUGACCAUGAUCGUUGUACCCGUCUAUCUCUGGAUCGUCUUUACUUCUACAGGGGUGUUCCCAGUGGAUAUGUCAUUAUGGACGCGUAUGGGUCACUUCUUCCGGCUUCUGGGACUGACGAUCCCUGCCACGAACCCGAUCAAGGCGUUGAACCAUAUUGUGCUUCCAGUGCUGUUGGUCGCCAUUUUGUUCCUGGGUCCGUUGAUGAUGCAGUUUUUGGAUCGUGAGCUGCCAUUUCAGGCUCGGUUCCAUUGGUCGGUUCAACGAAGGUACUUGACAUCGUGGAUCGGGAUCAGGAACUAUAUCGUGGGUCCCAUCGCAGAAGAGUUCAUUUUUCGAGCAUGCAUGGUUGCGGUCGUUUCCUAUUCGGGCGCUUCGAUACGCUCGAUGGUCUUUGGGCUCCCGAUGGUGUUUGGUAUUGCUCACCUGCAUCAUGCUUACGGAACGUUCGUAAAGAAUGGCCGGACGCGCCAAGCACUCAUCCAGGCAGGGCUCAUCGCCCUAGUCCAGUUGACAUACACGACCCUAUUCGGAUGGUUCGCGACGUUCCUGUUCUUGAGAACGUCAAGUCUUUUGGGACCGUCUUUGAGCCACUCGUUCUGUAACCUGAUGGGCUUCCCGGACGUAUCCUCGAUUGAGGGACAUGGGUCGUGGAAGAAGUGGGUUUAUGUGGGAUUUAUCCUCGGAAUGGUGUUCUUUGGGGUCUUGGUGGGUCCGAUGACGAGCCCUGGGUUGUAUGGAGAUGAGAGCAGCUGUGCGUACUGGUCGAUCGCUGUGAGGUGAAAAGGGAAGCGAGCACGGUUUGAGAUGAAUAUUGCAAUUUAAUAAAUGUGAUAGAAACAUGAAUGACAA